CAUCUUCCUACCUUGGCUUUCCCCUCUGUGGAUAUGGAGGUGGACAACCGCACCAUCCUGACUGAAUUUAUCCUCAUGGGCUUCUCGGCAGACCCCCACUGGCAGCUGGUUCUAUUUGGAAUAUUUCUAACCAUCUACUUGAUGACCUUGUCAGGGAACAUGACCUUGAUUGUUUUAAUCCGCAUUGAUUCCAGGUUGCACACACCCAUGUACUUUUUUAUUGGAGGCCUAUCUUUUUUGGACUUCUGGUAUAAUUCUGUGUACAUACCAAAAAUCUUGGUCAACUGUGUUUCAGAGGAUAAGCGAAUUUCUUUAGCUGGUUGUGGGGCUCAGUUUUUCUUUUCCUGUGUAGCAGCCUACACCGAGUGCUACCUGCUGGCAGCCAUGGCAUAUGAUCGACAUGCUGCAAUUUGUAGCCCAUUGCUCUAUUCAAGCAUCAUGUCCACUUCUCUUUGUGCAGGGCUAGUGGCUGGCUCCUAUAUAGGAGGAUUUUUGAAUGCCAUAGCCCAUACUGCCAACACUUUCAGGCUAAGGUUCUGUGGUAAAAAUAUUAUUGAUCACUUUUUCUGUGAUGUGCUUCCAUUGGUAAAAAUGUCUUGUACAGACACCCGUGUCUAUGUGAAAAUCCUUUCCAGUAUGGUGGGCUUCACUGUCCUUUCAAGCAUUCUUGCCAUCAUCAUUUCCUAUUUCAACAUCCUGCUGGCUAUCUUGAGGAUCCGCUCAGCCUCAGGAAGGCGCAAGGCUUUCUCCACCUGUGCAUCUCACCUGGUGUCUGUUACACUCUUUUAUGGCUCCUUGCUCUUUAUGUAUUCAAGACCCAGUUCCAACUACUCCCUGGAAAGAGACAAAGUGGCUGCCAUGUUCUAUACCAUCAUCAAUCCAUUACUCAACCCCUUCAUCUAUAGCUUGAGAAACAAAGAUGUCAAAGAAGCCUUUAAGAAGUUGAUGCAGACUAUACAACAGCAAACAUGAAGGUUGCAUUUCAUGGAAUGGAGCUGUUCAACA